AUGGCUGAGCAGAUGCACUCUGGCCAUAGGCCUGCAAGAAAUCUUGAUCCUGUAGACUUGAUCCUUCUACUCCUAAGCCUCAUUAUCCUGCUCAACCUUGGAAUCAAUGUGAUAAUUCUGAUCUGGCACAGUCUCACGAGGUCCCUACAGAGAACAUGUGAUUUCUUUCAACCUAAAGGAAAGAAGCCUCAGCCUUCCAUUAAGAAGCCAACAGAGGUCCCAACUCUGUGCAUCCACUGUACCUUUGACCCCGUGGCUCUAAAUGUGGCCCACCCUGUAUCCAACCGACAUCGCUGCCUCCGUCAGCACUUAGGAAGUUGCCAUGGCUGGGGAAGCCAACGGGGAAGCCGCCAUAGCCGUCGACACCGUGGCCGCCAACGCCAUCUUCAAUACCAUCACCACCCUCGAACACCUUUCCCUUCUCCCUCACCUGCAACCUCACCCACUCCCUUCUGUCACCAAGAAACCUGGGACACAGACUUAGAAGACAAUAACCAACAGUCCAACUACCAGCAGAGGUGGGACACAACUUCUCAUCCUGGAAAUAUCAGGCAUUACAGGGCAUACUGGCGCAACUGUUAUUAUCCAAGGGGACCAAAUCCCUCUCCUCAAGACCUGAAGGCUCCCAAAAGGGUGGAAGCAAAAUCUGAGUUGAGACUAGAGACUUAUUUUCAGGCAUCUCCAAACAGCUGGCCUCAGAAUCUAAAAGAGAACAUGGAAUCUGGCCCAAUCCCCAGCUCCCCACAAUUCACACACAGGUUCCCUCCCAACUCAUCUUGGAUGCCUGGCACCCACAACCCUGUUCCUUCAGGUGGCCAGAUUUUUUAUGAUGGCUGGGAGCUGAGACAAAGAUUCCGAGAUGGGAACAAGGGGGCUGAUGUCCCCAAGUCUCCCCAGUCUGUACCUCGAAGCUCUGAGCCCCAUAGCUAUGCUGAAAAUGUUGUACCUAGACAGUCUGUGCGGCGCACCACAGUGCCCCUCAUCUCAGCGCACAUCCCCCUAAAUCGUACCCACGUCUCAGCAGGACAUUUGCCCUUAAGCAGCCGGGAAAGGCCAGAGAUAAAACGAUGUGAUGGAGAGCACAGAGAGACAUUGCCCGCCCGGACUUCAACGGGCUCACCCCCUUUCUUCAAUAGACUCCCCAACCAUGAGACAAAAAACCACUAUGGCUCUGCCCCAAAUGAAAACCUGAUACCUGAUACCCAGCCCUUGUCCUAUGUCUCGGUACGUAUGCCAGCCAGAGUUCCAGCCCCUGACUCGAGCCGUGCACCUGCCUUCAUCCCCCUUAGGAGAAGCCCAGGGGGCCUCACCCACUACCACGUGUAUGAUAGCCAGGAGCUGAAGCGGCAAAUUCAGGAAGGACAUGGGCGUCGAGGUGAGGCCUUUUCCUGCUCCCCUGACACACUCCGCAUGGGUCCUUCCUCAUCCUGGCACUCUCUACACAGAAAAAAGGCUGGGAGGCUGAAUUGA